AUGUCCUCUCAACCUUGCCUUAUGACUCUCGGAGGAAUUGGGGCGAUUUAUAAACUAAAUGACUUUGUCGUCGUGAAAGUACCUCGCGACCCGGUCGAACCUGAUCAUGCCGCCGAGCAACGCGUCUUUGAUAUUCUUGAGCGCUACCCGGCUCACCCGAAUUUGGUCCGAAGUUUCUUACGCAUCCCGGGCAGGACCUUUUUGGAGCGGCUUCCUGGUGGCGACCUUGCAUCACUCCUACGUGCUCAACAGACAAGAGACACAAGUACCCAGCAAGUGUUAAUUGUUGCAGAGGUGCUACCACUGGAAAGAUCAUUCUGGUGGAUGAGGGAACUCACCUCAGCCGCUGCCUGGCUUGAAGGGAUCGGUCUCGUGCACGGCGACAUCCGACCCCCAAAUAUCCUGAUCGAUGCCGAGGGUCACGUCAAACUCUGUGAUUUCGAUCGUGUGGUUAGGACUGGGGAACGACUCGAUGCCGGUACUGAACCAUUUGCUCGACUGCUAGGUGACGAAGGAGGCCGAGAUCGCGGAACGUACGGAAAAGCGGGUCCUCGGACGGAGCAAUUUGCACUCGGCUCAGUCCUUUAUUCAAUGACACGAGGGUAUGAUUUAUACGAGAACCAGUGGUUUGGAUUGGAUCAUGAUUGUGUUGUUAUGGAUAUGCUUCAACGAAAGGAAUUUCCUGCGUUGACACAUUCCCACGAAGACACGAUCAUAUCCAAGUGCUGGAAUGGGAAUUAUGUUACCAUCCAAACACUUAAAAAUACGAUGUUGGAAAUAGUAUGUGGACCGUACGAGGAGGCCAAGACUGAAAGCACAGCAUGGUAUGUCCAGCAUCAAGAGAAGUGCAAAGAGAUGGUCAAAGAGGGCGUCAUGGCUACUCUUUAA